AACAAAAAGGCCAACCCCCACUGCAAUGUAUGCUUAACCCAAAAGAGAUCAAGCUCUUUCACUCUUCAUCUCUGUACUUCUCAAAUAUUGAAGUACCUUCAAAUACAAUAUUCAGCUUAACCUUCUUUCCUUACAUGUAAAGGAAAGAAGGUAGCAAAGGGAAUGAGACAAAAGGUUUGAGGCACAGAGCUUUGCAAUCUCAAUUGGAACCCUAUUCUGAUCCAAAACUUCAGGCAACUGAGCUUCUCGGCGAGCCCCAUCUGAAGGAAACUUAGAAGGACUAGCCUAUAGUUCUUGUGAGAUGGAAGAGCUUAAGAGUUCAGUAACACCAACACAGUCUUCAGAUGACCAAAACGAUUCAAUGCUGCAGACAGCCCCAUCUCUUUCGAUAUUUAACUCGGGUGUUGAUGAGUUUCGAGAUUCAAAUCAACAACUAUUGGAGAGAACUAAUACAAUAGAAGAUAGAAUAGGAGGGACUCAUGACUUCAGAUUUGGAGACAAGAGUAUGGGAUUCAUUAAGGAGGAAGGUGCGGAGGAAGAAGAAGAUCAAGUACGACCUCCCAGUCCUCCUAUGUAUCUUGCAACAGGGCUUGGGUUUGAUACUGGUGGUGUUGGUUUUCAUGGUGGUGAUGAUUUUCCUAUGCCAGAAAUUGAUGAGAACGGCGAUCCGGAAGAGUAUUAUAAGAAGAUGGUUGAUGAAUAUCCCUGCCACCCUUUGUUCCUCAGAAAUUAUGCUCAAGUUUUACAGUCUAAGGGAGAUUUACACGGAGCUGAAGACUACUAUUUCCGCUCUACACAAGCGAAUCCCGAAGAUGGUGAGGUUUUAGUGCAGUAUGCUAAACUGGUUUGGCAGCUCCGUCAUGACCAAGAUAGAGCCUUGAGUUACUUUGAACGUGCAGCUCGAGCUAGUCCUGAAGAUAGUCAUGUUCUUGCAGCAUAUGCUAGUUUCCUCUGGGAAAUAGACAAUGACUUGGAAGAAGACGAAGCAGGUCAAGAUCAGAUUCAGGUCAACAAUGGUCAAAAUAUGAAUAAACUUGAAAACAAAGACACCAAUGAAGAAAUUAUAAGGGGGCACAUUUCAACAGGGAAUGAGAUUGAUGAUGAGGAGAACUACAAGACCAGGAUUCAAGAGAAUCCCAAGAAUGCUUUGCUUCUAAGAAACUACGCCGAGUUCUUGUGCCAGACCAAGGGAGACCUUCACAGCGCAGAGGAAUACUAUCUGCGUGCCACAGUAGCUGAUCCUAAUGAUGGUGAGAUCUUGGCACAGUAUGCUCAACUGGUUUGGGAACUUCAUCAUGACAGUAAGAAAGCAUCGUCUUACUUUGAGCGAGCAGUUGAAGCUACUUCUGAAGAUAGCUAUGUUCUUGGGGCGUAUGCUCAUUUUCUCUGGGAAAACGAAGAAGAUGACUGACUAUUGUGAGGAUAGAGCAACAGAAGGGCAUAUAUUCAACUUCAUCUUCUACAAGGCGUAGCCAUGAGACCUGCACAUGCCUGAAAUCCUGUCAGAGUGCAGGACUACAAAAACACUGGAAACCAGUUUCUGGUGCUUCAUUGGGUCAGCAGCUGUAGAUAUACCUGUAUUAGAAGUUUACAACUGAUAAAUUUGGUGGCCAUAGAAGUUGGUUAAGUGAGCAUUUUUUUUAUGUUAAAAUUGUUCUUUUAAGAAGCCACCAUGUUUUUGGUCAAUUGUAUACGACCUGUACAGUUGCACCCAACUCUGUAUGUAGGUUAUGCUUGACCAUAAAAACACAAUGAUAUUGUGAAAUUAUGUAUUCAUGUAUUGUAGGAACAUACUGUAAUAUUUUGGCCGUUUUUUC